UCGCAGCGAGCCAAGCUCAUCAAGCGCCCACCCUCUCCUGCUCUCCAUUCCCCUCUCCCCCGGCCCUCUCCAAAGCGAAGCCGCUGAGCUCGGAGAGACCCUCCACCAGCUCUCACCCAAGACCACACUAGAUGGCGGCGUCCGUGGCCUGCGCCUUCUUCUUCGACGCGGAGCCGCUGGGCGAGCCCGGGCGGCACGCGCUGGACGCCUGCGCGCUCUGCUCCAAGCCGCUCGCCCGCAACAGCGACAUCUUCAUGUACAAGGGCGACACGCCCUUCUGCAGCGAGGAGUGCCGCUACGAGCAGAUGCACCACGACGCCGCCUACGCGCGCCAGGCCGGCCGCCGGAAGCAGCAGCGGAGCAGCGCCAGGCGCGAGGGCGCCGGGGCCUCCGUGUCCGCCAAGGCGGACGUGUCCGUGGCCAGCUACUAGUAAGCAAGAGGAGCCACGCGGGGAAGAAGGAAGAAAGAGACUUGUCUUGGCUGAACCAGCUAAGCUACUGGAGAUCCGAUCCGAACAUGAAGGCGCCCGGGCUCGCUUUGUUUGGGCGCAGAAACGAAGCGAACUCGCGGGGUGGAUCUCAAGAUUGAACAAGGCGACAGAGCCAGCCGGCCAGAUUGGCCUAACCUUCGGGUUAAAUCUGUGCUAUGCUUGCACCCUCCCUGUUUUUGUUUCCCCUUGGAUUGGAUCUCCUGGCUGGGUUGUCCGUUGCGAGAGGGGUUGAGGCUUGAGGGCGUGUGUGUAAAUGUACGAGGCAUCUAAACAAGCUAGUAUGCAACAAGCCCUGCAAUUUUGAUCGCAAACUUGUUCCUGACUAGAGUA